CAGGUUGGUCAAGUUUGUAGCAUAUUCCUGUGGGACAUAUAUAAAAAUAACAGGAUGGAGUCCAUGUAUUUGGUUUUAUUCUUUGUCGCUGUUGUGUUUCAACAAGCGAAGGUUACCACAGCUGCUUGUGUUUUCUACAAGAAUGCGACCACCACUGAACAGAAAGUCUACAAUCAUAAGGCCUGUUCCGAGCUGUGCGCCUCCAACCCAGGAUGCCUCUACUACACCUACUCCAGCGGCCGUUGCAGCUUGAAGGUGUCGUCUGGUGGCAUCGUGGACACGAGCUCGGAGAUUUCCACGUCUGGUUACCCUUACUGCAACGUUGACAAGUCCGCCUGCCAACCAGUGGCUGAUAUCAUCUACAUCAUCGACUCCUCUGGCAGUAUUGGCAAAACAAACUACCGGAAACAGAUCAACUUUACCAUAGAACUGGCCUCCCACCUGAUCGUUGGACCAAAAGAUGUUCUGUUUGGUGCUGUCAUUUUCAGCAGGGAUGCCCAAAAGUUAUUCGAUCUGAAGGACAAUCCUACCAUUGAGUCGUUAACAGAGGCCCUGAGAAACAUGCCCUACCUCAACUCCACCACGCGAACAGACAAGGCCUUGAACUUGGUCAACACUGCCGGGAUGUUCCGCCACAAGGCCGGUGCCAGGAAAAACUCGACAAAACUCGCCAUCGUCAUCACGGACGGCGAGUCGGACAAUCCGACCCUCACUGCAGCCGCUGCUGAGAAGUUGAAGGCCAAGGACAUUGACAUCAUCGCUGUGGGCAUCGACAACGCCGAGGAGAGUGAGCUACUGGCCAUCGCCAGCGACCCCAAGAACGUCUUCUUGGCCAACAGCUUUGAUGCUCUCAAGCAGAUCGCUGAUCAAGUGAUUAGUCGCGCCUGCUACACAGCUAUGGCGGAUCAGUUUAAAUGUGACAAUUGAAACAGCCCAGCGACAACCAACAAGCGCUAUGUUAACACAUUCGAUUAUAAACGUGUCUAGUACAACAUGUGACAAUAAAAAUAUCUCCAUGCUC